UUCAUUCAGUUUUGUACCGUGAGUGUGUCGAGUAAGUCGCAUCUUCUCUCCAGCAGACUCUCCAGCCGUCGCGUAGCAGGUUCCAACAGCCGCCACUCACUCACUCAACACACUCCAUCGCAGCAACCCGGAACAGCACCGCCGCCAGCAAAACUUUGUCAAAAUGGUUCUCGGAGAGGAAAACCCCGUCUACUCGCCCUUCUUCGGCGUCAUGGGAGCGGCCGCUGCCAUCAUCUUCAGCGCCCUCGGAGCUGCCUAUGGAACGGCCAAGUCCGGUACCGGUAUUGCCGCCAUGUCGGUGAUGAGACCCGAGCUGAUCAUGAAGUCCAUCAUCCCCGUCGUCAUGGCGGGUAUCAUUGCCAUCUACGGUCUGGUCGUCGCUGUCCUGAUUGCCGGUGCGCUGGAGGAGCCGGAGAAGUACACACUGUACAAGUGAGGCUUCAUCCAUCUAGGCGCUGGUCUUGCUGUCGGCUUCUCGGGUCUGGCCGCCGGUUUCGCCAUCGGCAUCGUCGGUGACGCCGGUGUCCGUGGUACCGCCCAGCAGCCCAGACUGUUUGUCGGUAUGAUUCUGAUUCUCAUUUUCGCCGAAGUCUUGGGUCUGUACGGUCUGAUCGUCGCCAUCUACCUGUACACGAAAUAAGCUGGAACUGUGAUGUGCGGUUCGAGUCGUCAUCCAUCACCACCACCACCACAAACAACUCCAACUCAUCAAACUCCAUCAAGUAAAAACAACAACCAACAAACUGCGCGCUGUGGCCGAGCACAGCAAGAUCCGAGUUCGGCCUGUAACAUCCUUCGCGGCAGCAGUGACAAUAUUUACCAAAAAAAAACACACACACACAAACACAAACUUUAUUACUACAAAUUUUUCGUUUAGAAAAGGGCAAGAACUAAAGUCGCCAAUAAUGUGCUUACGCAAUGUUGUGGUAUCCUCGUCGUUUACCAGCUUCUUAACAUCCAGAAAUUGAUGGAGAUGCCACCGCCACCUGCUUCCGGAACCUAGAACAAAAAAAAAACAAUUGAGAGACUAUGUAUUUAUGUAAAAUAUUGUAUUUAAUUGUAACCCACAAACAAAACAAACACACUUAAUUUAUGUAAUUGUUUUGUUUGCCUCUGCGCGCCGCCCCCUUGAAAGACAAAAGCCGGCCGGAAGUCGGAGGAAGGCGGCGGGUCCGGUUCCGAACAAAUCGAAAUUGAGUGCUAAAUAAUUGCUAUUUGUACAAAACAAAACAAAAACGAUAGAACAAGGAAACAACCCCCGCUCCGUUGCUGCUUAUCGCCCAUAUUGGACGAAGUGAGGGAGUGUGGCGGAACGCGGAACCUGUGCCAGAACCGCAACUUCCGGUUUGGGUUUGCGCGCGCGUAUCUCGGUCAAUUUCGGUUUAGAUUGUUUUCUUCUGCAAUAAUUAUGGUUUUCUUCACACGAACAACAUCAGUAAAACAGAGAGAACGUUUUGAGAUAAAAAAAGUUACUCGAACGAAAAGCAAGUCACAAAGGUUGAGUCUGUGAUAAAAGCUUCCAUCACAAACAAAGACAAAUCACAGGUUUAGCGAGACGGAAACGGUUCCCGGCAAACUCAACCGAAACUCCACCACUCUUACAGAACAUCGGCGGGAACGCGUUUCGCGAGUGCUCAAAACUUGCUGAAACAAAGGUUCAGAGAGAGUAUUAGACGGUUUUGUUUUCGGUCCCGGAAGGAGGUGCAUUAUUGGAAGAAACGAAAAAGUAAAACAAAGUUAGAACAUUUCAUUAUUUCGCGUUCGUUACAUUUGAAAUCGUUCAUAAUAUCAUCGGGAAAGGCAGAGUAUAUUAAAGAAAUCACACAAAAUCCAACUUGUUCUAUACCUUCAAUGUAAAUGUUCGUAAAUAUCCUUUAUUUCUUACGUGUAGAUUGAGUUAGGAACAAAAGAAACAGCUGCAUAUUAUAAAACAAAUGUGAUUGUUUAAAACAACUACUAAAAGAGAGUGUACUAUAAACUGACUAGUUAAAAAAAUGGACCCGAAAGACCAUCAAAUUUAAAAGAGAGAGAAAAAGAGCGACCAUCAACUCUGAAACAAACAAAAAAUCCUUUGCGAAAGAGAACAAUAACAUCGUUCCUCUUUCGCACGCGGUGCUAUUGCUUUGCAAUGCAAACUAAAGACAACAAAAAAUGUGACACACACACCGAUACAAAACGACACACACACACAAUCGCAGCAACCCGCAACGAAUGCUAGCACAACUUGGCCACACCCCUCUUUUCGAAACAACCCUCCUGGCGGCUACGCCGCCCCCUGGACCCGCUUCCGAUGCGCGUACGUUUUGAUGCUGAAACCGGCGCGGAGGACGAGUUCCACCUGGGGUGGCGGACGUCCGCUUCGGUUUGUGUUCCGGAAGGUCACGCGCGCACCAGCCGUUGUAUAAAGUAACAUCUCUUUUUUGGUCGGUGUGGCGUGAGCGGUGGUCAAGUGGUCCAGAAGCAUUCGGAGUGAGUUGCCUGCGGCAGCGUUCUCUCUGCGCGGAAGUGAAAUCGUAAUUGUUAUCCCCGAGCCAUCAGCAGGGAAAACACAUCAAACGGAACGGCUUGCAACAUCAGCAUUGGCCGCCGGAUACAUGCGUUUGCCAACGAACAUCUUGAGAAAUACCAAUAUAUCCAACCAAAAACAAAAAAUAAAAGAACACCCUGUUUUGUUGUGAGGAAGCUUUAAUAAGAUCCUAGAGAAAAGUUAAAACAAACAAAUUAUCGAUAAGUUGAACAAAAAUACAUACACAACACACAAAAAAAGUGGAAAACUGAAAAUCUACCGAAAUGACAUUUGAACAACAUCUGAGAAGAAAUUCAAUAAAUUUAACUGAAAACAAA